GGUCACACUGGAUGGCUGGCUAAAAACAAAGCCCCGUCCGUGUAUUAUUUAAAAAGUGUGUGUUAAAUCAAACAAAUCGUAACUCGAAGCUCUAAUUAACAUCGAUUGGAACGACAAUUAAGUGCUGAGUGCAGUUGAACAAGUUGAAACAAUUUCUGGACACGGACAAACGGGGCAAAAUAACGCAGAAGAAAAAAGGUUUUUUUUCUCAACGUUCUCUUUGAACGCAUUUCGUUCACACAUACAACCCACACACACACACGAAAAAGCAACGCGCAGCGCAUAUACACAAAGAAAGAAGGCAAAAAGGCAGUGAAAAUCGACAAGCGUGUGAGCGAGAGAGAAGGAGAGCGCGCGCAGGUUUCGCGGUAAAGAGACACUCCACAGCAACACAACACAAGUAAAGUGAGUGAAGGAAGGAUAAAACAGGAGCGCCGAAGAUGAGCCAAAGCAUAAAAGCGAAAAAUAAUUAAAGGUUGCCUGGCAGUGGUCGAAGGAGCGGUACUGUGUGGUGCAGCAGUGUACGGUGUGUGGAAAGAGUGAAACGGAGCACAGCGAUUCCCCUACAAAUUGGCCAUUUUGGCGUUGUUCCCCUCCUCUCUCCCGCGACCAUUCUUAUUUUUGGCAGUCGUCGUCGAAUCUCUCUCUCCCAUUCUCUCUCUGUCUUUUGGUUUGGUGUUGCUCUCUCCCCCCCAGGCCACUGCUUCAGUGGGGGGUAAGAAAAAUUCACAUGCAACAACAACGACAACAAACAAUAGCAGCAGCAGCAGCGUCAGAAGCAGCAGCAGUGGCAGUGGGAAUCGCAGUCGCGCUCGCAGUCGACGCAGACACAGGCAGAGCCAGAGCCGCCGUCGACGAAAUAAAUGUAUUUUGUACAUAUAUACAAUGAAAAAGAAAUAGUUUUUAAAUCAAUUUAAAGAAUUCUUAAACCCCAAAAUAUACAAUAACGGUAAAAUCACAUCGCAAAGUAAAAGGAAUGUUAAAUAAAAUGCAAAAGUCAAAGUAAAACAAACAACAACAAAAAGGAAAAACAUCGUCAAGAACGCUCAACAUCAAAUUCGCCUUUUACACGAUUUCAAUUGAGCGUUAACGCAUUCGAGAAUUUCAUCCAUCCAAAAACAAGUAAAAUAAUAUAAUUAACAAAUAAAAUAUAUAAGCCACAAAACUACAAGAAUUCAAACGAGCGCUCGAAGGAGAAGCAGCGCAGCAACACCCACACACACACACACACACACCCACCCACACACACCAAUUACAAUCUCAGCCUCACGCUGGCGAAUCGCAGCGGCAGCAGCAACAACAGAGGAGGCGACUCCGGUGCCGGAGGAGGAGGGGACGGAGGACACGCAGGUCCUUCUGUGGCCACUGCCUCCAACCGAAACAACAACAAUAAUGGCGGGGGAGCAGGCGGAGGUGGUGGUGGUGGCGGUGGCAACGGAGGAGGUGCAGGCGCUGGCGCCGAAGCAAACGCCGGCGGUGGAGUAGGCGGUGGCGGUGCCAAUGAAUGGAAUCCCGAGGAAAUGGACCGCUUCAGCUUCGAUGACUCCAUCCGGUUCGAGGAGGACUCGCUGUGCAGCUGGAGCUCAGAGCCCGAAUCGUUGUGCAACAAUUGGCGCGGCUGGAAGAAGCCCACCAAUGCGGCUGGCGGACCCGGUGCCGGACUCGGUCUGGGUAUGGCUCCAUUUGGAUCGGUCGGCGGAAUGGGAGCCGGCGCACCUGGUUCGUGCGGACCAAGCGGAAGCACUUCAGCUAUGGUAACGAUGUCAGCCUGCGGCAGAUAUCAUGAGGUUUCCACAUUGGCCGAACUGUCCGCCCGCUGUGUCGCCUCCUACAUACCAUUCGAGCUGGUGGAGCAUGUCUACCCACCAGUGCCGGAGCAACUGCAGCUGCGCAUCGCAUUCUGGAGUUUCCCCGACAAUGAGGAGGACAUACGGCUGUACUCCUGCUUGGCCAAUAGCUCGGCGGAUGAGUUCAAUCGUGGCGAUCAACUGUUUCGCAUGCGAGCUGUCAAGGAUCCCCUGCAGAUAGGCUUUCAUCUGUCGGCCAGCGUGGUUAAUCAGACGCCGCGUGCGUACUUUAAUGUGGCGGUGACCUUCGAUCGGCGUCGCAUCUCCUCCUGCAAUUGUACGUGCACCUCGUCGGCCUACUGGUGCUCCCAUGUGGUGGCAGUCUGUCUGCAUCGCAUCCAUUGCCCGCAGGAGGUCUGCCUACGUGCUCCUGUUUCAGAGUCCCUGACACGUCUCCAAAGGGAUCAGCUGCAGAAGUUUGCCCAAUAUCUAAUCAGUGAGCUGCCGCAGCAGAUUCUGCCCACAGCACAGCGGCUCCUGGACGAGCUGUUGAGUGCCCAGCCGACGGCCAUCAAUACGGUGUGCGGGGCACCAGAUCCGACGGCGGGUGCCUCGAUUAAUGACCAAACCAGCUGGUAUCUGGACGAGAAGACGCUGCACAACAACAUCAAGCGGAUACUCAUCAAAUUCUGUUUGCCCGCACCCAUUGUGUUUAGUGAUGUCAACUAUCUGACCAAUUCGGCUCCCCCAGCGGCUGCCGAAUGGAGCUCUUUGCUGCGACCGUUGCGCGGCAGAGAGCCCGAGGGCAUGUGGAAUCUGUUGUCGAUUGUGAGGGAGAUGUACAGGCGUUGCGAUCGGAAUGCGGUACGUUUGCUGGAGAUCAUCACGGAGGAGUGUAUGGCCUGCGAUCAGAUACUCAUCUGGUGGUUCCAAACGAAGCUGGCCCUGAUGAUGGGCUCGCAUGGCCACAGCGGAGGCAAGCACUCGAAUACGCACUCCAAUUCGACGGCCCUGCAGCAUGCGUGCAGUUCGCUGUGCGAUGAGAUUGUAGCAUUGUGGCGGCUGGCCGCUUUAAAUCCCGGCCUGGCGCCGGACGAGCGCGACAUGCUGCAUGCCCAGUUCACGGCCUGGCAUCUGAAGAUACUCGAUCGGGUGGUGAAGAGCCGCAUGAUGCCCUCCUCGUACACGAACAAGCAUCAGAUAAACUCACGCUCCGACACGGAGCUCUUCAUUGGCUUUAAGCCGGCCAUUGAGGCGUGCUAUCUGGACUGGGAGGACUAUCAAAUACCGGGCGUUACCCACACCCACGACACGAAUCCCAUUUACUAUUCCCCAUUCACCUGCUUCAAGCACACGGAGAUCAAAGGCGAUGGCGCGGCCAUUCCACCAGGCACGCUCAUUGCCACCCAGGCUUUGAUGAGCAACAACAAGCACUACAACUACUUUAGCUCCUCCAAUGAGCAUGGCGGUGGCCUGCAUCCGGGCGCCUUCAAACAGCGCCUGGAUCGACCCUUUCGCGAGCGACUUUAUGCCAGCCCCGCGGACCUGGAGGCGUCUGCCAUCCUGGCCGGAGCGGGUCGACAAUAUUCAACGGGACUGGGUCUGGCCGCCGCAGCAGGCAGUAGCGGUGUGAGCGGAGUGGCUGCUGCAAACGGAGGAGCAGGCGCAGGAGGUGGCGGCAUGCCCAAUGGCGAUGCAGAUGCCGCACAGCAGCUAAUGCCAAGCACCUCAGCGGGAGCCAGUGGAUCUGGAACGGGUGCGAAUAUCGUUGGAGGAGGCGGCGGCGGCGUCCGAAGAGCGGCAGCUGGUCGUGCCGAUGGCAAUCGUUCGAGUGCCAGCAGCGAAGGAUUCUGCGAGAACGACGACUUUGGAGGCGACAACAGCAGCAGCCACAAUUACUGCACCCCGGCGCAGGCUGCGCCCGGCCAGAAGUCCACCCUCACUGAGUCCGAUUCGCAGAGCAGCUUCGAUGCCGUCUCCCAGCAGAGCAAGGACGAGCCCGGCCUGGGGCCCGGCGGAGUAGGCGCCGGCGGUGUGGGUGGAGCCGGUGAGCAGGGAGUUUGCUCCACCUCGGAUACCUCGUCUGCAUCGUCCUCCUCGUCGGCAUCGACGGCUUCGGGCAGCUCCAAUAGUUCCACCUCAUCCAUGCUGAUGGCCGGACAGGAGGCAGUUGUGGCCGCCCAGCAGCCAGCCCGAAGGCUGAGCAAGGACGAGUCCUUUAGCAGCAGCAGCGAUGACUUUGCCCAGGCAGCAGUGGGCAGAGGCGGAGCCAUGCCACCCGGCAACGGCGGGGGAGCAGGAGUGUCCAUACCAGCAGGAGGCGAUCUAACGCCUGUGCCCAGCACCUCGGCAGCGGCUCGAGCGGCACUGGCCGCGGGUUCCAGCGCCACAGCCAUGGCACAGGCAGCUGUGCAGACGCCACACCUGCCAGGAGCAGGCAUCGGCAUCGGCAUGGGAAUGGCAAUGGGCAUAGGACUAGGAAUGGGCAUGGGAUUGGGAGGAUCAUCGUUGAAUCCCCAUCCACCCAGCGGCAGCAGCGUCUCGCACUCCAAUUUUGCAGCAGCCCGUGCCCUGGCUGCCGCGGUGGCUGUGGCCCACGACAAGCCCCACAUCUUCUCGAAUGUGCGGCCCACAGAGGAUGCGUGGGACAUACUGCUGGCCCGGGCCGAGGGACUACAUGCCCACGGACAUGGUCAGGAGGCGUGCAUACUGGCCGUACGUCUGGCCGAACAGAUGCUGGCCAAUCCCCCGAAUCUGUUGCUGGAGCUGCCGCCGGUGCCCAAGCGGAAGGGCAAGAAGCAGAACGUGAAUCCGAUCUCCCAUCAGCUGACGGUGGUGGCCUCGGCCACCCUGUCCAAGUGCGCCUUCCUCUGCACGGUGCUGUCGGAGAACUCGGAGCACUAUCACAUCGGCUUUCGGAUAUGCCUGUUUGCGCUGGAAAUGCCCAGGCCGCCGGCCAGCACCAAGCCGCUGGAGGUGAAGCUGGCCAAUCAGGAGGCGGACAUACUGGCGCUACUCAAGCGGCUACCCCUGGCCGCCGCCGAGUUGCAGGUGAUACGCGAGAGGGCCGAACAGCUGCGUAGCGGCACAUUCAAGACCCGCGGCGAGGCACUGCUGCCCAUCAAUCUGGCUACCUUCAUAUUUGAUGCUUUGGUCACGCUCAGUCAGCAGAGCGGCGUGGGCUCCAGUGGCACCUCGGGAGCGGGAUCGCUGCCCAACAAGAGCCUGGUCAACUGCAGUUCACGACUGCUCCUCUACAAGCAGAACAACGACGAGAAUCUGGGCUUUGAGGCCGCGGUGGCCGCUCUGGGGCUGAAGGCCAAUGUCUCCGAGGCAGAGCAUCCGCUGCUGUGCGAGGGCACGCGACGACAGCGCGGGGAUCUGGCUCUAUCGCUGCUCUACCACUACAAGGAUGAGCCACGCAAGAUAGCCAAGAUCAUGGAGAAGCUGCUGGACAGGGAUAUACACACCCUGUUGAAGGCGCCGCUUCUCUCGGCAUACUACUCCAGCAAUCCCCCGGUGCGGACGCCCAGCAAUCAGCCCUCACGCCGCGAGGAGCACGACUAUGGAGGUGGAGGCGGUGGAAGCGGAGGAUCUGGCUGCGGUGGAGGAGCAUCAUCAAGCUGCAAUCCCGGCUCGGGCAUUGUCAAUCUCUGCGAACUGCUUCCGGCGGACUAUGGCAGCGUCGGAGGCAACAGCCGGCCACACAGCUCGACCAGCGCGGAACUGGAGCUGAGCAUGUGCGCCUUGAGCAUGGCCAGCAGCAGUGCGGGCAGCCAGUCCGGACAGGGCAUGGUACCAGGCGGAGGAGGAGGUGGAGGAGGACAGGCGGGUAACUCUGGAACGGGGGCCAAUGCCGGAGGCAGCUCAGGCGGCGGCGGCGGCAACAACAGCAAUCCCAAUGGUAAUCCCAAUGGCUCUGGCGGAGGCGGCAGCAAUGGCAGCGGCCGUAGCAAGGAGAGCCGAUACAAGGGCAAACGUGCCUACCCCUCGAUACCCAACCAACCAUCGGAGGCGAGCGCACACUUUAUGUUCGAACUGGCCAAGAAUGUGCUGACAAAGGCCGGCGGCAACAGCUCCACGUCGCUGUUCACGCAGGCGAGCACCAGCCAGAAUCACCACGGACCCCAUCGGGCGCUGCACAUGUGCGCCUUCCAGCUGGGCCUCUACGCCCUCGGGCUGCACAACUGCGUCAGCCCCAACUGGCUGUCGCGCACGUACUCCUCGCACGUCUCGUGGAUACUCGGCCAGGCCAUGGAGAUUGGAGCGCCGGCCAUAAGUUUCCUGAUUGACACGUGGGAGGCGCAUUUGACUCCGCCCGAGGCGGCUGGUAUGGCGGAUCGUGCUUCACGCGGCUGGGACAGCAACAUGGUGUAUCCGGCCGCCGAGCUGGCAUUGUCCGUGCUGCCGCAUGCCGCCGCCCUCAAUCCGAAUGAGAUACAGCGCGCCAUUCUGCAGUGCAAGGAGCAGAGCGAUCUGAUGCUGGAACGGGCCUGCCUCACCGUCGAGACGGCGGCCAAGGGCGGUGGCGUCUAUCCGGAGGUGCUCUUCCAGGUGGCACGCUACUGGUACGAGCUGUAUUUGCGCGUCUCCCCCAACAACAGCGAGCACGAUCAGCACGAGGAUCCCAUGGACCACUCGGCGGUCAGUUUGAGCGCCCUCAUCGAAUCCCAGCAGCAGCACGAGAUGCAGCAGCAGGUUGCGGCUCACCAGCAGCAGCAACAACAGCAGGCUGCGGCCCAGCAACAGCAGCAACAACAACAGCAGCAGCAGCAGCAACAGCAGCAGCAGCUGGGAAUGUCAAAUCCCGGAGGACCAGGAGCUGGUCCCCUGUCCGUGGCAGUGCCCUCGCCCGUGGUAACAUCCGUAAACACUCCGCAGGCCUUCCAGCCCGGCGUUGGAGUGGGCGUAGGUGUGGGCGUGGCCGCUUUGGCGCCCAUCGGGCUGGCACCGUAUGCGCCGUACAGCUUCUGUCAGGGCAUCUAUGCGCAUCACCACAAUCUCAGCUAUCCGCCGAGCCAGAUGCAGAUGUACAUCUCCGCGGGUCCACCGCCACCGCCCCAGGCCUAUGCCGGAUAUCAGCAGCAGCCGCAGCCGCAGCAGCAACAGCAGCCAACACAGCAGCAGCAACAGCAGCAGCAACAGGUGCAGAUGUCUGGUCAGGCGCCGCCGGGUCAUCCGGUGCAGGGCCAUCAGCCGCCGCCUGCUUUCCAGGCUCCACCACCGGGCGCGUUCCAGGCACUGCCACCACAGGCGUACCAGGCCCUGCAGGCGGGACCUCCAGGACCGCCGAUGGGGCCACCUCAAGGGUACUAUGGACCGCCGCCUCCACCGCCGCCCAAUGGUCCGCCCGUUGGCGUGGGUGUAGCCAUGCGCCAACAUCAGCAUCAGCAUCCCGUGUAUCCAUUCAUGCAGCAGGCGCCACCACCUCCGCCCCAGCAGCAACAACAGCAGCAGCAACCUCCCUCCCAGCCGCAAGUGCGACAGCGUCAGCCACAUCAGUUUACAUCCACUCAAUUGCGUUAUCUGUUGGCCGCCUACAAUGUGGGAAUGCUGGCCAUGGAGACGCUGGCGCGACGCGUACACGAUGAUCGUCCGCAGGCCAAAUAUGCCCGAAAUCCGCCAUACGGCGAGGAUGUCAAAUGGCUCCUGAGGAUCAGCAAGAAGCUGGGCACCCAGUAUCUCCAUCAAUUCUGCAUCUGUGCCGUCAACUCGAUUGUGAGUCCGUUUGUGCUGCACGAUGUGGCCAUUGAGUCGGCCCAUUAUCUGGGCAGGAAUAACCAUCAGCUGGUGAUGCAGCAUCUGCGUUCGGCGUUGACGCCGCUUGUGCAAAAGUGUCAGCAAAUGUACAUCCAGUGCAUACACCAGAAGCUGUAUCAUCUGACUCAGGGCGAUUAUGAGGAGUUUGCCAGCAUUGUGGUGGCCGCUAGGGCCGCUUUUCAGAUAACACCGGAGGGCAGUGCCCAGUUCAAAGACUGGCUGCAGUCCAUCAAGAGAUCGAAGUCGUGCAAGAAGGAACUGUGGACACAGAUCAAUGCGGCGCUCCAAAGCAAUUCUAAAUGACAAAGACUUGACUCCUGCACUC